AUGAUAACCAUACCACCGUCUAAACCGGGUGUUACACCUCCAACAAAGCUUCAACUAGCCCUGGCAUUGGCUGUGGUCAAGGGAAAACCACCAGGCCAAGGCGUGAAAGAAUACAUUCUGCAGAUUCGACAGUUUAUUAAAAAGACCAACGAUCUGGGCCAAGUUGUUGCCACGGACAAGUUCUUCGACAGCGUCUCCUUCUGGAAGCAAGCGUACGAACGAUCCGAGACAGGACAGAGCAAGCUACAAGAUCAAGUCCAUGAGCUUAACCAGCGUAUUGAGGGCCUUCUUGCCAAACUGCGUGUCAAUGUCACUGGAAAUGACAAUGAGACCUUGCCAGCAAACAAACGCAAGGCGCCUGCUGUUGGCAAGAAUGCAAAUAGCUCGAACAUGGCUAGGAAACGCACGAAGCUACCGAAAAGUAUGCAGAAAAGCAUCCCAUUGAUGGAUGAUGAUGAUGAUGAUUCAGGAGAAGAGGAUGUCUUGUGUCUCAACAGACAGCUGCAUGCCGUCCAGAAAGCCUUGCAAAGAAAGACAACCAGCAGUUCUGAGGCCAAUUCUCUGGCUGUGAAUGUAGUCAUUCUCUGCAAAUCGGCAGAGCAGAGGCUGAUCCAAACUAUCCAGAACGAGAACAGUAUGACGGAGCAGAAGCCUCCCCAAACCGAGCAGGCCAAUAUGCCGGACACAGAUGCUGUUCUAAAUGGUGUGACAGUUGCUUUCCAUCUCACGCACAAAGCGUUGCACAAAAUGGCUGGGGCCAAGAAUGCCACGCAGCACCAAGGUCAAGUCGUCUACUACCUAGUAGGUCUGUUCGAAUCAACAAUGACAGCACUCACUUUGCAUUGCACCGCAAUUUCCAAGCAAAAGUCAGUCACCAAAGACACCAAAUCGGGCGGAGCUCCAAAGUCUGCCACGCAACCUGAUGAACAAAACAAACGUACAAAAGAGAAGAGCUCACCUACCAAGAAUGAGAUAACCUCUCGCCUCGCAGACCUGCUCUGCACGAUGGCGCUCUCCCUCAAUCUAACCUGUACCGAAGACCAAGAAGUAAUGGAAGGGUUCCUCUACCUUGUCCUCAAUCGCAUGGGAAAAAUGCUAGCUCUCCACGUUUUCCAUGACCUGCGACUGCCAAUGGGCAUCUGCCCCGGGAUGACAUUCCCAGAUGGACUGGAAGCAAUGACUGACGAGGGUCUUAUGCCGAACGAGGCACAACUCGAAGCAAAGUAUCUGGUUCGGCUUUUGGACAGAAUGCUUAAUGCCGAACCUCGUCAAUCGCCCCUCGAGGCAUCGGCUGCUCGUCAAUUUGUUGCGAAUGCCAAAGAUCGUCUGCAAAAGACUCUCCUCCGGGCUGUAUUCGGACCUGAUGAUCAUCUGUUUCGGGAGGGCCUGCGGCGUCCGCAUACUCCGCCUCCCCAGGUACUUGAUGAUCAACAGAUGGACCAGGAGAAGUUUUCAGAUUGGCUUACACAGGAGCUGUGGCGGCUUGUUAGUUGGGAUGUGUUGAGGACUGUGCUUGCUCCAACCUGA